GGCGGAGAAGAGGCCGCAGGAAACUGGACCGGAUGGCGGCAGGCCGGGGAGAGUUUAGGCCCGCGGGGCCUGUGACCUCACAAUUAUUCAGAGAGACGUAGGAUGUUGACGGUCCAGAGGAGUAAAGGGGCCUGGAGAGGCCGUUUGUCUCCGUGGAGAAGGAAGAACUGCCGCGGCUGAGAGGUUAAAGAAUGAAGACGGUGGGUCGACUCUUUUCUAUCCCACUAUGCUUCUUGGCCCUCAUCGUCCUUUAUGUCCUUCUCUGCAAUCAGUCAUGUAUGCAGCUAUGUUGGAAGGCAUGCCUAGCCUCAAGCCAGCCUGGUGAGAGCCUCUGGCCCACAGUUCCCGGCCCCCUGCACUUUCAGGGUUACAGCAGCGUGCCUGAUGGCAAGCCUCUGGUCCACAGGCUAUGUCGCCGCUGUGCCCUGGUAUCUAGCUCCGGCCAGAUGCUUGGCUCCCGCUGGGGACCAGAGAUCGAUGGGACAGAGUGUGUGCUACGCAUGAACCAGGCACCCACAGCAGGCUAUGAGGCAGAUGUGGGGCACCGAAGUACCUUGCGCAUGGUGUCGCACACCAGUGUCCCCCUGCUGCUGCGCAACCAGUCCUACUUCUUCCAGCAAGCCAGGGACACUGUGUACGUGGUCUGGGGUCCUGGGAAGCGCAUGAACCGUGACCAGGGUGGCUCCACCUACCGAACCCUGCUGAAAGUCAAGGAGAUGUACCCUGGGGUGCAGCUCUACACCCUCACUGACCGCAUGAUGGCCUACUGUGACGAGGUCUUCCAAAAUGAGACUGGCAAGAACCGGAUGAAGUCAGGCUCCUUCCUGAGCACUGGCUGGUUCACUAUGAUCCUGGCCAUGGAGCUGUGUGAUCACAUUGUAGUCUAUGGGAUGGUCAGCGACAGCUACUGCAGAAAGAAGAGCCCCCCCUCUGUGCCUUACCACUACUUUGAGAAGGGCAAAUUGGAUGAGUGCCACACUUACCUGGUCCAUGAGAAGGCACCGCGGGGUGCCCAUCGAUUCAUCACUGAGAAAGCUAUUUUCUCCCGCUGGGCCAAAAAGAAGUCUAUCGUCUUUACCCAUCCCUCCUGGCAGAGUGAGUAGACUCCCUGAAGGACCGAGUCAUCCUAGAUCCAGACAGUGGGCCAGGGCUGGGACCUUUUGCUGCCCAUCUCAGAGCAUGGUGGAGCCUGGUGUCCUGGGCUGCCCUACUGCCCAAGGGAGUAUCCUGUUUCAUGGGAUAGAGUUCUGUGUUGGCAAACCAAUGGCACAUGUGCCAGAGUGUGCUGGAGGGGGCUGUUCCUGUCCCCUUCUCCACACUCCUAAGGACACUUCUCUUAUCACCCAUCCCUCUGUCCUGUCCCCCAAUGGGAGUGCCUCCUCCCUCUCCUGUCUCGGGUGAGGUGGGGAGCUCACAUGCGGCGUGAGGGUGCACUUUGGUCUCUAAAAGGUUCACCAUCACUGGGAGGGACGGACUAGUAUAUGAUAUCCCGCUAACCUGAACUUUGAACCAAUCUGGGAGGAAGAAGGAAUGCUUUUUUCCCCCUGUCCUCCACUGUAAUUUUUUUCCUGUUUUUAAGGAAACCUUGAACUUUUUGAAAAUUGGACAUUUACUUGAACUUGGAAUCCACUGGUAUUCCAAGAGGACUUGUGGACACUACUGGGGUCCAGAGGAGGCCGGUGCUUUGGAGUAUUAGGGCCUCGUCUGGACCCUUCCUGCUAUCUCCCAGUACACCAGAGGUCCUCGGGGCAGGGAACUGAGUUUCUGAGGUGGGAUGGGAGCUAGCAUUCUGUAGCAGGGGGAGGACUGGUGGGACAGAUUCCCCCAUCCUCCCUGGCUUCCUCUCCCAUCUCCAACCCCCUUCAUCAAAAGGUGCAUCAGGAAACCUUAGUGUGACCUGGAACUGAGGUCAAAAUGGGCCCAUCUUCUUGUGCCCUUUCACCAGCAGAGUGGGAUUUGACUCCAGCCAGGAGGAAACCUCAAGGCUAUCUCCUGUGGGAAGCCUGACAACUUACCCCCUCUACCCACUCCCCAGCCCCCUCGUCUCCUCAGCUCCCCUUCAUGACCCUCCUUGCCCUGGAGAGCAGAGAAUCAGCAUUAGUUCCAGUAGCUUUCCUUGGCUGGUAAGUCAGAAGGUGGCUGGAAGGUCCAACAAGACCAGGCUAAGGGGAACCUGCCAGCGGGUGGGAAUGCUUGAUGACUCAUAUAGGGGAGCAGAAGUAUAGGAGGCAAGACAGGCAGUUUUUAAAACUUCUCCCCUCCCCUCUCCUCCCCGGGGUAGUAAAGUCAUAGGAUUUAGAGCUGGAGGAACUUGGAUCUUCUAGUGCAGCCUUCUCAAGGAAUUAAAAAGCUUAGAGUGACUUUCCUAAGAUCACACAGCUAGCAAAUGGCAUGAGGGCAGGAUUCAAACGCAGGGCCUCUGACUUUAUCACGGGACUUCAAGGAAUCCAGCAUUCCGCUCAGAUCAGGACAGCACGGGGGAUAACUGCUUUCUGAACCAGUGUAUUGUAGACAUUUCCUUAGCUGUGUGACCUUGGGUAUACCGGUCACUUAACCUCUGCCUCAGUUUACUCAUCUAUAAAAUGGGGCUAAUAAUAACAUCUACCUCCCAGGGUUGUUGUGAGGAUCUAAUGAGAUAAUACUUAUUAAGUGCUCAACAUAGUGCCUGGCACAUACAUAGUAGGCCCUAUAAAAAUGCUAGCUGUAUAAUUAUUAACGAUUUUCCCUUGAGCCGUUUCAAGAAUUCUGUCCUCUUUUCUCUGGGAAGGAGCUUACCCCAAAACCAAAUUCUUCAAUUAAUCUUCAAUUAAAUCUCCUUUCUGGCUAAUAAUUCCUAUAAUAAUAACAGACCCCUGAUAGCCUUGAUAGUGUUGUAAAGCACUUUAAAUGCUCCAUCUUUUUGUAGCCUCACAACAGCCCUGUGAGGUGGGUGCUAUGGGUGUUAUCAUUCCCAUCUUACAGAUUAGGAAACAGAGGCUGGGGGGGGGGGUGGAACUGCUUGCCCCAAGGGUGCUCUUUAGAACUGAGAUUUCAAGGAAUACAGAUAAGGCCUCACACCAGCCCCAUGUCAUCAAAGGCCUUUAGUUAGCAAGUUUCAGGGACGGGGAUUUGAACCGAGAUCUGCCUGGCUCUGGGGCAGUGCCUGAGCUCAUUAAAGCAGCCGUGACUUUUUGGUGAGGUCCGCCUCCCUGGGGCCAGCAGAGCCAUCUGGAGCAGUAGCUCAUGGCAUCACAGGGCUGAAGCGCGCAGAGCUCUUAGCCUUACAUUUUAUACGUGGUGCAGCGACAAAGAGAAGUCGAUAAUAGCAAAACAGUAAGCGGAGUCCCAGGACGUGCUCUGGCUACUGCAGCUCUCCCUGGAUGUUGUGCCCCGGGGAGCAAGAUGCUGCCAAACAUCCCAGCAUCCUGACGCUGCUGGCAGCUUCGGACUCAUGCUGGGGACCUGUAGCUGCCCCCCAGGCUGCUGUGGGCCAGACGGGGGCGGGGGAUGUUCCUUGUUCCCUGGGAUGACCGUGAGUCCCAUGAUAGAGACAUUCAUCCCUGAUGUUGGAUUGUGGGACGCUGAGCUAAAAGGGACCUUAGAGAGCCUCUAGUCCACCCCAAUUUACAGAGGAGGAAAUGGAGGCCCAAGUGACUCGCCCAAGAAGUGGAGUCAGAGUUUACCCCCGGGUUCUCAGAUGCCAUGCUGCAGCUGCCUGUGUCUCCUCAUCCUAUCCCUAGUUUGACCCGGGAAGUGGCAUUCAAAUUCAGAAGCUCUUUCAAACACAUGUAUGUCCUAGACAGGAGCUGAACUCCAGCCACCUCCCAUGAAGGAGAGAACUCUGGAAACUUCCCAGAAGCCGGCUUUGUCAGUCAGCCCAGGAGCUGAAAGGAUCCUUAACUCACCAGUGUCCCCUCCCUUGAGUUACAAAGUGUCCUUGGAUCAAAUACCAAAGCAAUUUGUCAAUAAAGUCACUUUGAACGCUG